UUCUUUUUUCUCAGGAAUUGCAAUGGCCCCUCGACUACGUGGUCGAGGUUUGUGCUGUUGGCAAUAAAAUUGCAGUACCCGUUGCAUUUGGGACGAGUUAAUUGAAAAAGGAAGAUCUGUUGACUUGAUUGAAAUCUUGUGAAAAAUAUAUUGUUUGUGAAAUGUAUCUUUAUCGUGAAUGAUCUGGCAAUCUUGUCUCUGACCCCAUUAAUUAAACACCAAACAAACAACAACAGAAGAGCUGAUAAUUUUAUAUACCGCUUAUAGGCAGAAAUAAUGGCAUUGUGGCUCAAUAAAAUCUAUUCAUCACGUUGGGCGCUCACCAUUGAGUAUGCUGACUAAACUCUUGACCACCAGAGCAGCUGUGCUGUUGGCAAAGGAGUCUCCAAGAACAUAUCGCACACCUAGAUCUAAACAUUAGCCGGUGAACACGUUAAGCAUAUCCUAAGCGAGGCAGCAUGCCGUGUCCCCCAACGACGCGUUGAACGCAUACAACGCGAUCCAUCGAAAAUGUACAUGCCCCACUGUACGGUACUUCAUCGCUGCUCCGACGAGACUGGUUGUUGUCGUAGUGAACGUCAAACAUGUGCACCCAAACGCACAAAAAAUAUCGAUUUGUAUUUCUAUGUUCGCAGUAUCAACGAAAAUCGUGGCGCGGUCGAACGUCUAACAUUUAAUAACCACACCGAAUGUCACUGUGUAGAAAAAUCUAUGCAACAGGUGGAGGAGUAUUAUCAUCUGCCACUCUACGGUAUAUCGUUCGGUGGAGAGACACUCCGAAGAGCUACCAUUUUCAACUGUAACUGUCCCAAGUUGUACGAAAAAAUUUUGCAGGAGGACGAUUUCUGCCGAUGUGACUGCUCUUCCGGUAACACCGGUUGUGAUUGGCUCAAGAGGGGCAUGGAGCAUUUCUCGAUGAUUGAUCGGAAUCAUGUAUUUUUCAGAUGCAUAUCCGAAGGACGUUGCAAGGCGCCUACAUGUGAGCAUGGGACCUAUAUCAAAAAGUACGGACGAUGUCCCAAACGGGAGGAGCAAUUUUCGACGUCAUUGUCUGCCCCAGAGACGUUGAAAAACAAUGCGUUUCUGCCCAUUAAUUACCAUUGAAUGGAAUUAUUAAUACUAUAUAUUUUUUGGUGCAACUAAAAUUAAGUAUUAAUAAAAACGUUUAAAUAGAGGUAGCAAUUUA